AUGGCGGUUGCUUCAGUUUCACUUGUGGUCCUCAGUAUUAUUGCAGGUGCAACGUUGUUGUACUUUUCGUUACCAGAUAGACAAGACAGGAAGAAGCUGCUCAAACUGCCCAUCAUUGGCGACAUCCACAGCUCACCGAUUGGGAAGCCAUUGCUGCGAUGGGAUGCUUGGGCAAAAGAAAAGGGCGCUAUCGCAACGUCGAAACUAUUUGGUAUAGUGCCGGUUGUCGUUAUCAACACAGCCGAGGCAGCGACAGAGCUGCUGGGCAAGCGGGGUGCUUGGUAUAGCAAUCGCCCAAGGUCCGUGGGCAUGGAGAUGAUUACAGGCGCUGGGCCAGGACAGUCACGGUUCACGCUGAUGCAUGACAUGGAUGCGCAUUUGAAGCUUCAUCAUCGCAUCUUAUCCCCGUCGCUCGGGGGUGUCGCUGCUCCGCGAUAUCAGCCCGUCAUGGAACUCGAAGCCAAGCAGCUCGUCAGGGACCUUCUCGAAUUAGGCGGCCACGAAUUAUCAGUCGUUGACAGCGCCGACGUCUUCCCUUUCCUCGAGCGCGCGCAAGCGAGUAUCAUUCUCGCACUGCACUAUGGCGUCCGGGUUCUCACCCUCGAUGAGCCACUAUAUGACCGGGUCCGUGGGACGCAGGCCAAGGUCACCUCGUAUGCCUCGACGCCUGGUCUGCCUGAUAUCUUCCCAUUCCUUGCCAAUCUCCCAGCAGCAAUUUCACCAUGGCACAGAGCUGCAGACAAACUAUUCAAUGAGCAGAAAGACCUCAACCUGCACUUGUUAAACCUUGGUAAUGACAGCUCUGGAUGGAACGCAACGAAACAAGCACGCUCCCUUGCAGUGAAAUACGCCAAGGAGCCGAUAUCCGACCUUGACCUUGCUUUCACGCUCGCAACGAGCGUCCAAGGCGGUAUAGAGACUAGUACUCGCACAAUGCUCUGGCUAUUCAUCGCUACGACGGCGAACAAGAGCUUUAUGAAGCGAGCGCAUGCUGUACUGGAUGCUGUUGUUGGAAGGGAUCGACUCCCUCGCUUCUCGGACAGAUCCUCCCUCACUUACAUUGAUGCCAUUGUAUCUGAGCUUCUGCGUUGGCGGCCUAUUUCUCCUGGAGGUGUUCCUCGUCGGGCGGACAAGCAAGACGACUUUAAAGGCAUCAGCAUCGCCAAGAAUGCCAUCGUCUUGACUAAUGCGUGGUCUAUCGGUCGCGAUGAAGCUGUAUUUGACCCUUCGCUGGGCGAUCUCGACGAAUUCAUUCCUGAGCGAUGGCUAGACGGUGGAAGCAUGGACGCAGGCAUUAAGAAUCAAGGCGAGCUGAGGACAUCCCUUCCACUAUCAGUAUUCGGUCAAGGUCGGCGAAGCUGUCUUGGCAAACGCGUCGCCGUAGACGGAACGUUCGCCCAGGUUGCGGCGAUGAUCUGGGCAUUUGACUUUGAGCCUGCCGAAGAUGUAGAUCUAAUGGAGAUGGAGGUUGUUUGGUUUAUGACAGAGCCCAAGCCGUUCAAGUUCAAGCUAAAGCCGAGAGGUCCAUGGGUGUCCAAGGCUAUUGAGGAGGAGUGGAAGACUGCAGAUAAGGAUCUUGGCAACAUUAUGGGCAAGAUGAGUAAUAUUGAGAGCUGA